UUCUUGCAAAGCUCAUUUUGAGGCUGGGGCGAAGGACGGCAGAAGGGAAGAACAAGAAAGUUUUCUGCGUAGGGCUCAGAGCCCGGGGUUAAUGGACUCAAAAUGUGGAUGGUGCAGGAAACACCAAGCCUUUAUUUUGGGCAUCACGAAGCCAGAGGAGAGCAAUUGGUUUGGACUGUGUGAGGUCUGACCUGUGCUCCCAAACCCAUGUCUACCAAGGUAGGAUAUUAAGUCUUCGCUUAUUUUUGGACCGGCAACUGGCUGCCCAUGUCUCUUCAAAACCCGCCUGCUGGUUGGCAGCCUUAGAUUCAUUUCCCAGGUUGUUCUGGGAUCCCGUACCCGGGCAUGGCUGUGGGUCACUCAUCUCGAGCUGACCCUCUGGGCAGCCCGGGUGCCUCUGUCUGUGCAUGGCCUCCCAGCUCACCCUUGCUUGCUGCUUGCUUGUGGCUAUUCCCCCUUGAUCAUUAUCUUGCAGGGAAAAGCCAAGCCAGACUGCCAGGCACUGAAACAAUUGUUUCCCAAACAAUGAAAAGCUCUUUGUAUUGCUAAUAAGAGGGGGUGGAAGAGGAUGGAGACUCUUGUCAUUAAGGCACAGGGCUGCAGCUCAGGAGAUCUGCAGUCAGUCCGUUCCUCCGCCACAGACUCGGUAACUUGACCUUGGUCAAGUUACUUACCCAUGGCGUGUUUCAUAGCCACCUCUGUACAAUGCAGGUGUGAUUUUUUUCCCUUUGGCUUUCCUGUCCAUGUGGUUAAAGCUUAAUUAAUAAGCACCUAGCACCACGGCAGAGAGAAGCUGAGUGGGAUUGCUUUGGCAGGUAUUGAUGACAAUGUGCACACCUAAAAAAAGGUGCUUUGGACCUGCAAGCUUUGCUUUCAUCUGCCCAGUAGAAAGCCACGCUGCAACAUGCUCGAAUAUUCCAGUCCAGGACUCACUCUUACCUCUUCCGUCAUGCUCCUCCUUUCUAGAUCCCAUGACAAAGGCUGCCAGCUCCAUUAUUCCCAUUUUACAGGAGGAGAAUGCUGAGGCCCAGAGAAAGGAAGUGACUUGCUCAAGGUCACACAGCAAGCCAACCUGCUGGCUUGUAUCCCCCCAUCCACCCUGGUUAGCAUCAGUACUCAGAAAGGGGCUCUCUGUGCCUCACUGUGCUUCAGUCUUGUGGGAAAGGGAAAUGUCAGUGAAGCUAGCUGGAUCGAAAGCACGCAGAGCGCUAGGGAGGAGGGCUGGGCACUCAUGCUGAGCUACCACCUGGUGAUAUUGCCACCCGUUCGACUGCAGUGACCAGCAAGCAGUGAGCAGGCAGAUCCGGGCACAAAAGUGGGUCACUUGACUGCACAUGUGGGGUUGAAAGAGUUAAUUGUAAGGCCCCCCCCCCCCCCCUUAGUUCUCCCAUGCAAGAACUGUGGUUUUCAAACACUCAUUGCAGUACCCAAGCAGGACACCCCCAUUCCUCAGAUGCUGGGAACAAGAGAGAGAUUAUAAACUCCUCAAACAGGUUAUUUUUCCUAAUUCUAACCAUUUCUGUAGCAUUCACUGCUGUAGCACUAGCACGUGACUUCCUGAUUAUUCCCAAUCCAUUCUUGACCGUAGCUUUAUUUUUACCCCAGAACCAGACUUUAACUCACAACCUGAUAUCUGAUUUCGCCUCUUAUAAUGAACUGGUCUCAGCCACUCCUAAGCUGCUGGUGAGCGCCCUGAUUUAGUCGGGGGUCGAAACUGCAUCCUCAUAUAACUGUAAGUCACUUAGAAACCUCGCAGUCCUCGCAAAUGCAGAGCAAACUAUUUGCAGCUGAGGACGGCCGAGAUUUUGCAAGGAUUAUGUGUCCGGUGCGAUGACCCGGCUUGUGUAAUUAGGCAUUUGAUCACAAAUUGUUCCCAGGAUCCAGGGGCCUGGAGUGUAUCCCUAGUAAUGAAGGGGGAAAGGAUGGAGGAAUAACAUGCCAGCCAGGGGGAACUGGCAUAGCAGGAUUUUGUGUUGCUCAUCUCCUCUCCAGGUGGGGCUGGCCCCCAUGGCUGCAAGGCUGUAUGUCCUGAUCAGCUGGCCGGACGGCAGCCGCGUGAUCAACAUCGAGAACAUCAAGGAGCCCCGGAAGCCGUUCCACCUCUACGCCGUCGGGGAGCAGGUGCUGGCCCGCUGCCCUGGCUUCAGUGGUUUGUACUGGGGGGUCGUGGAAGGCAUCAGUGAGCAGAAGGAUAUUUUAGAGAAGAGGCUGCAGGAAGAUAGACAGCUCCUGGAGAAGUUAAAGGAAGAGCCCGCCAUGCACCAUGUGCUGUCUCCUUCCCUUAAGAAAUCAAGGAAGACUUUUCCCAAGUGGACCCCAGGAAGCCCCUUGAGGAAGUAUGCUGGCAACAGGGCUUUCCACACCAAGCCGUCACUCGGGGCUGAUGAUGCGGGCGUCCGGCACGAGGAGGCAGCCUCCUCGCUCAUGAAGGAGAGAUCCAGCCUUGGCAGCAACCCUGGGCCCCACUGCGCAGUGUCAGUGCCUCGCCAUGGUUCAAGUGCCUUCAGCCCAGCAUCUCCAUUUGUCAGCCUGGCUGAGCCUGGGACAUCCCAAAAUGAAGAAGCAAGGCCCACCACAGCGACCAGAAAUUAUGUCACCCUGGCAGUGAAGAGGAAGUCAGAUGGUAUUCUAGCUCAAUGCCAGCAACUUCUCUGUGCAAACAGCUGUGAUGAACCAAAGAUGGAAGCAUCUCAGGAGACAGAGGAUUUUGAGGUUGUUCAGCAAAAUGUUGGCUCCAGUGCAAUGGAAAGGGUACAAAAGAUUGAGCAACUGGAGAGGAUCGUCUUGGACCUGCAGCAAGAGGUCCUGUCCCUGAAACGGAAAGUGCAGCGGCUGGAAUCGCUCUCCUUCCAGGAAGAGCCCCACCGGCAGCCCUGCGAGGUGGUGGAGCUGUUUAAUGGCUACACAAAGGAGCAGCUCAAAGAAGCCAUCCGCUUCGACCAGAAAAUCAGCACCGCCUGCAAAACCCUGCUCUACAAGCUCUUCACGUCCGACUACAUCCAGAGCCACUCCAUCACCGGGCGGAGAGGCAACACCUUUCGCGAGGCCAAGCCCAUGAUGGAUGAGCGAUGCAUCAAAAUCAUUCGGGUUCUGCUCAAGCAAAAGUUUGGGGAUCACCUGAGCGACACGGUCAUCACGGAGAAAAUCCAGAACGUGCAAAAAGCCCUGCGGCAGAAAUUUAAGACCGAGUGUCUCUGAUGCAUGUGGGAUUUGAUGCCUCUGUUUCCAAGAAGGGUCGCUGCUUGGGACGCAACGUGCAGAGGAGCCUUUUUGAGAAAUGCAGGGCUCGAAUUUGUUGUUUUGUUGCUUUGGCCCCAGGAGGACUGGUGAAAAUGAAGUGAAAUGCUUGCUAGACACAGCACAAAAUAUUCAUGGCCAGGCCCCUGUUGGCAGACACACAGCAGGAAGUGUCAUUCGGCUCCGUGGAAUUUUCCAAGUCUGGCCGGGCUCUCGAGUCUUCCCCUCCUUGCUCCUCUUGCCAGUCUGUUUUCAAAACUGUUGUCCCCUUUAUGAAGGUCCUGACCAGGAGGCCCCUCCAGAUCAUCUCUGAAGACCUCCAUUCUCAUCAACGCAGCUGCAGAUCUCAUUAGAAACAGACCUUAGGUAUUUAACCAAGCAGACCCCAGCUCUAAGGGCAUGUCUAUAGCAGGGA